AAUCAAUAGAAUUUUCAAUUGCUUACUUUUAAUUGUUAAUUGUUGUAAAAUGAAUCUAAUGAUAUCCAGUGGAAGAAUCAAACAAGAAGAUUGAAUCAGGUAAAUUUAAGGAAACAAUUAGUUUCUUGAGUGAACAAUCAUUAAUUAAUUAUAACAAUUUUCAUUCUCAAUGAACCAAUGAUCAAGGAUUCUAACAAUUCUAAUUCGUUUUGUGCUCUCAAUUUAAUCAGAAAUCAUGGAUAGACAAUUUCAGGAAGCUGAUUUUCGAACUGUUGAAAAUCUCAAAUCGCUCGUUAAUCAAUGUGACGGGACACAUUCGAGUGUAUUAUCAAUAUUAAGUGAAUUGCGAAGUCACGUUAAAUCAUCUGAUAUGUUGGAAGCUCUCAGAACGGAAAGAGGUGAAAUGUUGGAAAAGGUUGUUAAUUGGGCUGAAAAUUCAGUGACAAUCGAAACUGGAUCGCAAUUAAGUUUAAUUGAGAAAAUUUGCCUGAUGAAAGCUCGCGAAGGGAAAUUAAAAGCAGUGAUUAAAGUGUGCGAUCCAUUGUUCAAAGACAUUGCAGGCUAUCAUGAGGCUCGAAGAGGGAUGGAGCAAAUUGUCCGGGAAUUGGCAUCUCAGGUCACUACACUUUAUCGUAAAUGGUGCUCAUCUUGGUCAUCUGUGCAAUUGGAUCCACACCGACCUUGUAUUGUGAUCGAUCCAACCUCACAAGUGCCAUUGGUAACCUUUGAACCUCGAUUAGUUUCAUUUGCACGGGAAUGUCGGACUCUUCGGUGUCUUGGUUUCCAAUUAUCGGGAGAUUUAAUUGAUAAAGAACGUGACCUAAUCAAAUAUGGUUCGAUCGCCAGACAUUUGGAGGAAAUUGUCAACUUUUAUUGUACCAUUGGCGAUUCGAUUCUUCUUUGUCAACAGCCGAUUCUCAUCGACGCUGCGAGGACAUUUACUUCACUUCUCGAAUCUCGUAACAAAACAAUGACCUGGGACUGUGACAUUAAUCAAUUAGAUGGAUGGUUAACUGAAUUAAGGGAAUUGGCGAGUAAAUUUUCCGAUGAGAAUCGACGAUUACAUCGGUACCAUCGAUCUCUACUUAAAUCGAUCAUUAAACUUUUCGACUUUCCUCUCAAUAAAUGGCGACCCUUGAUGAACGAAAUGACCUCAACAAUGAUAACCGUUGACAAUUUGUACUCAAAUACCUUGACCUGGAAAAAGCAUUGGGAUUAUCAGCUAUACAAAAUAUUGGAUUAUCAUUUUAAUAAAGCGUUAAUCUCAUCGCUAACUUGGCUUGGGUUUUAUUCAAAUCCUUACAAUGGAAAUAAAAUAUCAAACGAUUCAUCUUUAUGCCUUCGAGUUGACUUGACCUUUACGAGUGGACUGAUCGUUUAUCGUCCAUCGCUCGAGGAGAUACAGUUACAACUUUAUUCACGAAUUAAUUUGUUCCUAUCAACGUUCACACAAUUUAAGGGCUUCCUCGUUUCGAUCAAUCCUGAUCUUUUCGAAUCGCCCAAGGGAAUGAAAAAUAUUUUCUCGACAAUUUACCUUCGAUCAAUUGAAAAUCUAUUGUGUUUAUAUCGACAAGUUGAUAACAUUAUGUUGGAAUUGAUAACAAUCAGUGAACAAUUUAGCGAAUGGACUUGUUUGUAUAAUAUUAUCCGAGAAUCACAUUCAGAUGAUUUCUCAUUAUCAUCGAUGAUCCCUUUAAAUACUUUAGAUGAUUAUGUUAACAAUUUAACUCUAAUCAAGUUGAAAGGUCAAGAAUUUAACAAAAAAUUUAUCGACAAUGAACUUUACUGUUCUGAGAGUAACAUUACAAUCAAUUUAAUUCCAAUUAAAGUGUCAAUUGAUUGGAUCAAUAGUGCUGUAGAUAGACUACUGAUUGACUCACUUCGACGGGAAACCGAGGCCAUGUCGAAGUCUCUCAACAAUCAGGUCAGUCAAUUGUUGACACAAUUAACAUCACCACCAGAACAAGUUAAAUCACUCAUUGAAUUGGAAUCAUUCUGGUUGGACUCAGCAUCGUCUACGAUUGUCCAGAUCACUUCAGCUUAUAAUGAAUUAACGGGAAGAUGUAAUUUCCUCAGUAAAUGGUCAGCUAAAUCAGUUCCUAAUCUUUCCGAUUUAGUUGAUAAAUAUGAUCAAUUUCAAAUUCUAAUGGAUAAUCGGGAAUCGUUAAUUGCUUCAUUUAAACAAUUGCUUCGAUCAAGACUUGAGACUCGAUCAUCGGAAACAAUUAAAAGUCUCGAUGGGUUGAACAAAAAUUGGAAAACAAUUAAGUCUCGAGGAUUUCCUAAUACUUCACAACUUGAAGAGUUGAAGUCACAAUUUGAAUUAAUCGCAAGUGAUGUUGACAAUUAUAUCGAAGGAUGUAAAUACUUUAAACUUCCGGUUCCGGGAGAGCUUGAAACCGUUGGAAGAUUACAUUGA